AUGUUGAAUGUAAUAAUAAAUGAUCAUGUCUAUGACCUAUUACGUGCUAAAUAUUUUAUUUUUUUUAUUGUAGGAUUUGCAACACCAGCAUUACCAAAUCAUCCUGGUCGAGCAGCAUUAAUAUCUGGUCCAAAACGACAAGUAACUAAACAAAACAAUUCAACUACAAAUCGUUCAAUUACUUCAAGAUCAACUUCGGUUUCAUCUCCAGCUUUCAGCAAUAUCGAACAUAUUCGAAGUUAUUCAGUAUCACAUACUCAUUCAGAUCAAGUAUCACGUACAAGCAGUGGUUCAUCAACACCAACAUCAAGUCGUCGUACGUCCAUAUCAGAUAAACAUGAAAAACCACGAAGAAGUAGUGCACAGAUAGUUCGAGGACCAAAAAGUUUACGAGAAUGGCAUGAACAACCAGCUAGUCUUCUCGAACAACCAUCUCUAUUAGAAAAAGUUAAUAUUCAAAUUCUUUCACCGAAUAGUGAUCGAACACAUCGUCCUUUCUUCUAUGAAAAUAAUCCUGUACGUGAAAAGUCAAAAUCAGAAGAAAAUUUAAUCAUUGAAAAUGAAACUAAUUCUCCAACAACGACUAUAUCAGAUGCAACUGAAAACAAAUAA